AAAGAGAGGAAGGAGGGUGGAAGAGGGGAAGAGAGAGAAAGAGAGAGAGUGGAAAAGAAAAAGAAAAAGAGAGCGAGGGAAAGAGGAAAAGAGAAGGAGAGAAGAAAAGAGAGAGUGAGAGAAAGAGGGAGAAAGGGAAAAAAGAAAGAGAGAAGAAAAAGAAGAGAGAGAGAAAAACAAAAAAAGAAAGAGUGAGGGAAAAAGGAAAAAAAGAGAGGGAGAGGAAGAAUAAAAGUGAGAAGAGAAGAAAAGAAAAGAAAAAAGAAGAAAAGAGAAAAGAAGAGAAAAGAAAAGAAAAGAAGAGAAGAGAAGAGAAAAGAUAA